AUGUUACAGGUUGCAGCUGUCUUGACUUUGAUCUACCUGAUGUAUCAGUACAAAGACACCCUCUUCAAGUUGAGAGAUGAAGAAGACUUGUGCCAGCACGCGGGUCGCCUCUCCAGGUCACGGUCUAGAUCUCGUUCAAGGUCUAAAGUCAGGGCGUGCGACAAGAACUGUCGUCGCGGGCGAAGGCCUACGAGACGUUGCCCCGACUGCAGCCUGUGCAAUAUGAACAACGAAAUGUAG